UUCUUUAAAAGUGCUGAAGAAGUGAGGGGAAGUAAUGACAGUGAGGUGACGUGGCAGUGAGAACAGCAAAGGGUCAUGGGAUGUGGCAUGGGAAAAUCAGAACUACAGCUGAAGAAAUGUGACAGAGUGAGCAUCUCAGUCCCAGCUGCCACAGCAAUCAGAGCAGCUCUGCUGAUCCAGCGCUGGUACCGGCAGUAUGUGGCUCGGCUGGAGAUGAGACGCAGGUGCACGUGGAACAUCUUCCAGUCUAUCGAGUACGCAGGAGAGCAAGAUCAGAUCAAGCUGUACAAUUUUUUUGGCUUCUUGAUGGACCACUUCACCCCAGCCAGCAGUGAAAGAAACCUAAUAUCUCACAUCUUUCGUGAGAAUGAAAUCUGCCGCGACACUGAUUGGGAAAGAUAUUUCUGCUACAAGAGCAUCGAGGUACCUGAAAGCUACACCGGCCCCCAUCUGACCUUCCCCAUGACCUUCUGCGGGGUGUCAAAGCUCGUGGAGGCUUUCAAACACAAACAACAGCUCCACGCUCGAUACGUUCUGCAGAUUCUUGGAGAGACUUGGAGACUUCUAAGGAUUCUUCCAAACAUCAACUAUGUCUCCAUUUGCCAUAACCAGGAAAUCACAAUAUGUGGAGACCUGCACGGGCAAUUUGAGGAUCUGCUGCUGAUAUUCUAUAAGAAUGGUUUGCCAUCGUCUGAGAAACCGUACGUCUUCAAUGGAGACUUUGUGGAUCGCGGCAAAAACUCAUUGGAGAUUCUGCUCAUCCUGUUUGGGUUCCUGCUGGUCUACCCCAACGAUGUUCACCUGAACAGAGGGAACCACGAGGACCACAUCGUUAACCUGAGAUAUGGUUUCACUAAAGAAAUUUUGGGAAAAUACAGGGUGCAUGGCAAGAAGAUAUUAAAACUACUUCAGAAGAUCUUCAGCUGGCUGCCUCUGGCCACAGUCAUCGAUAACAAGGUGCUGAUUGUGCAUGGAGGGAUCUCUGACAUGACGGACCUGAACGUGAUAGCCAGAGUGGACAGACACAAAUACGUGUCGGCCCUCAGGCCCACGAAGAUCAGCCAUCAAGCCAUCAACGGCAGCAAGACUCAGACGAUGAACAGAAAGAACGGAGAGGCCGGUGGACCAGCGGAAGGCCGGCGUCGAGUGUACUCUCUGACUCACCACAGCCCGGUUCCAGCUCAGAGACACCACCCUCCACGCCGCUCACUCCACAACCUGCCCAUCAGCAAUCAGCUGAGCUGGUCAUUGGAAGAUGAGCUGAAGAGGAGACGCAGGCUGGCUGGGUUUGACCAAUCCUACGGAGAAAUGAACAAGUCAGACUCGGACUCAGACUCAGAACCUGAAGGAAAAGAGACAGAUGAGCGAGAGUGGAAACAAAUAGUAGACCUGCUAUGGAGCGAUCCAAUGCCCCAGAAUGGAUGCAUCCCCAAUGAGGUGCGAGGUGGAGGAUGCUACUUCGGACCAGACGUCACUGAGGAGGUGCUGGAAAGACACAACCUCCAGCUGCUCAUCCGAUCCCAUGAGUGCAAACAGGACGGCUAUGAGUUCUGCCACAACCGCAAGGUGCUGACUAUAUUUUCAGCAUCUAACUACUAUGAAGUGGGCAGCAACAGAGGAGCCUACAUCAGAAUGGGCUGUGAUCUGGUCCCUCACUUCAUCCAGUAUCAGGCGAGCAGGACGUGCAGGGAGCUCACCCUGAGACAAAGUAUCGGGUGGACCGAGAGAUCAGCUCUGCGAGCUCUGAGGGAAACACUAUUUGUGCACAAGUCAGAUCUCAUCAGUGCCUUCAAGGAGUUUGAUCCCAACAAUACAGGGAUGAUCUCUCUCCGGCACUGGGCCAGUGCCACAGAGAACAUAUUGAAUCUGGGUCUGCCUUGGAGGGUGCUGCGUUCCCAGCUAGUCAACAGCACCAAAUAUGGCAUGGUGGACUACCAGCAGUGGAUACGGGAGCUCUCAAUCACUGAGCCCAAACUAGAGAUCUCUGAUGCCAGUAUCCUGGACACGAUGUAUAAAAACCACUCCAACCUGGAAACCAUCUUCCGAAUCAUAGACACAGAUCACUCAGGUUCCAUCUCUUUCGAGGAGUUUCGUCAGACCUGGAAACUCCUGAGCUCUCACCUCAAGACAGAGAUCAGCGACGAGGCCAUCGCAGACCUGGCCCAGAGCAUCGACUUCAACAAGGACGGCAGCAUCGACAUCAACGAGUUUAUGGAAGCUUUCCGACUGGUGGACCUCUCAGCACAUACCUGA